AUGGCUACGAUGAUGAUUCCCUCACGCAAACGACUCAUUUACUUGACAGUUAUCUUGUUGGGAAUAUUACCUCUUACCCUUAUCCAAUCACACCCAUACGACUCCGCAUUCUCUGAUUACAACAUAAAUGUCAACUCGAGUGCUGGAAAUAAUGUCUUAGAUUAUUACUCUGACUGGCCUGAAAAAACGCAAAAUGGAAGUCGAUACACCCCCAGUCCAGUUAACUGGAGAGAGCUACCAAUCUAUACAGUGAUUCUUGAUAGGUUCAUGGAUGGCAACCCAUCAAACAACGACUUCUACAAGAGCCGUUCUGAAUGGGACUUCCUAUCUAAUCAAUUGAGGCAUGGUGGUGACAUAGAAGGAUUCGCUCAAGACAGAGUGCUGGACUACAUAUAUGGGAUGGGUUAUCGAACAAUAUAUAUCGCAGGUACGCCCUGGUUGAACAUGCCAUGGCAGUCUGAUGGAUAUUCCGCUCUGGAUUUCACCCUAUUGGACCCCCAUUUUGGCACGUUAUCUGAAUGGCGGACGGCAAUAGAUAAGAUCCAUUCGAAAGGCAUGUAUGUCAUGCUAGAUACGACGACCACUACUUUGUCCGAUUUCCUAGAGUUCAAAGGAAAUUCUGGGAAAGCUGCGCCGUUCAAUCUACAUGGCUAUGAGGUUGAAUACAAAACAACCGCUCAGAAGCCGUGGAAUAUCAAACAAUAUGCCGAAUUCCAGUUCACCAAUACCCGAGAUCAGAGCUGUCGACUGCCCAAGUUUUACAAUCCGAACGGCAGUGAAGUCCUUCCUCCUACGGACUGGGAUGGAUGUUAUGCCGGGGAUUUCGACCAAUUUGGGGAUUCUUCUCCGGCAGGAAAAGCACCUGCCUGGCAGGAUCAACUUACCAAGUAUUCCGGAGUGCAAGAUCGCUUGCGCGAAUGGGAUAGCGGUGUAGCCACCAAGUUAGAAAAGCUCGCGUGUAUGACUGUCAAAGCUUUAGAUAUGGACGCGCUUCGUGUGGAUAAAGCCACGCAACAGUCGCUUGAAUUCAUGGGAAAGUGGGGCGGAAGUUUGAGGACUUGCGCAAAGGACUUGGGCAAAACCAACUUUUUUAUCACUGGUGAAAUCUCGGACGGCAACACUUUCGGAUCGCUCUACAUCGGUCGUGGCCGUCAACCAUCUCAUUAUGCAAAUCUGGAAUUUGAUACAGCCGCCCUCGUUAACCCAAACCAAACAGAAAAUUUCAUGCGUCCUGCCGGUGAAAACGCGUUGGAUUCUGCUGCUUUUCAUUACUCAAUCUAUAGAUCACUUACCCGGUUUCUGGGUAUGGAUGGUGAACUUGAUUCCCCAUUUGAUAUACCGGUGAAUUGGGCUGAAGCAUGGAGACAAUUAUUCGUGACCAAUGAUUUCCUCAACCAGGAAACCCAGCUGGUUGAUCCCCGACACCUUUACGGCACGACAAAUCAAGAUAACUUUAGAUGGGCCUCAUUGAUCAAUGGAACGGAAAGGUUUCUCUUGGGCCAAUUAGUGACAAACCUGAUUAUGCCGGGCAUUCCUUUCGCCUUUUACGGCGAGGAACAAGACAUGCAUAUCUUUGAUUCCCAAGCAAAUGACUACCUCUACGGGCGGCAACCGAUGUCUUCGAGCAGGGCUUGGCAAGUCCAUGGAUGCUACAAGCUCGGAUCCAAAAAAUACCCGACCAUGCCUCUUGGCAAGGCGCUGAAUGGGUGCAAAGAUGAUUGGAACAGCUUGGACCAUUACGAUCCAACCUCAGGCACUCGGAACGCGCUAGCACAUUUCGCAUAUCUCCGCUCACAAUAUUCUUCUCUCCAAGAUGGAUUUAACUUAACCCAGCUCGGAAAUUGGACAACCUUUGGAGAGCUUCCGGCGUCUAGCCACACGCCCACGGAGUGGGGUUUGUGGAGCGUAAGCCGAAGCGCGUUGAAAUCCCAGAAACUUUCAGGCCCUAAUCCGGACCUGCCAGUCUGGAUAUUAUACAGCAAUGUUAAUCAGACAACGACAUUUUCCAAUGAUUGUUCAUCUAGACUGGCAAUUGUGUCGCCAUACCCUGCGCCAUCAACCGUUCGGAACCUGUUCUACCCCUAUGAAACUUAUGAUCUUGACCCUUCGUCGACUUCUUCGACUGGGGAUGAUGCACCUUCCUUUCUCGGGUGCCUCAAAUCUAUUACUAUGGAUCCAUUUAGUUUUAAAGUAUUGGUGCCUACGCCAAACUGGAUCAACCCUCAGCCUCGCUUGGUUGGUUUCACCCCAGGCCAUGAUGCUAGAAUCAUAUCACAGCCAGAUAAUGAUAACGAAACGAUUCCGAUCAGCUUUUUAUUCUCUGACGAGCUACUUUGCGAAGGGGUUUCUACCUCCCUCUCUUUAAAUUACACGAUUGACCCAAAAUCAAAAGCCUCGCCUCGGAUCGACUUGGAGCAUGCCAAUUGCUCAAAAAUCGAUUCCAAACCGAACUCCAGUCAAUCUGCCCUCCCUGCUGUAUGGCAAUGGUCAUCCAGUAUCGUCGGCGCACCUGAUGGAGUUUAUGAGCUGAUCCUGAAUAAUGCAACUGGACAGAAUGGAAUCCACACCAACAGCAUAGAUCACCUAAUUUUCCGGAAAGGACGAAAACAAAAUCCAAUCACCUUUUCUGACGUGUGGUACUCCGAAAGUCUUCUGGAGAAUAGAGAUGGGAAAUAUACACUUCGCUCUGACGCGGCAGGCGCGGACCUCAUGCGAUAUUCCAUUGACUUUGGAAACACUUACUCCAAUUGGACGCAAUACUCGAGUGAUUUAAUCCUUCCGGAUAACGCGUUUAGUAUUUCUAAAUUUUGGGAGGGCGACCACGUUCGAGUUCAAUAUUGGUCACGUCUUGCUGGCUCCGCGGCUCCAACAAUCGAUGCCGAUAUCAAUUUUGACGGUGGAUAUCAACGCAGAUUUCCUCAGUUGAUCCUCAGAGGGUCAUUUAACAAGUGGGGCUACGAUGAGGGUAUCCCUGGACUGUUCUCUCCUCGCAACGAAAAUAUGACAAUUGAUGUCAUUACCAGCUGGCCUCAUGAGUUUCAACUUGCGGUCUUUGAAGCGCGGGACAAGGUAUUCUAUGGAGAUGUGGAUAAUGACGGCGUGUUGGAUCUUCUCCCACCAAAUUCACAAGCUCGAAACUUUUUAUCUUUACCCCCUCCUUCCGAACCCUUCUUGGGCUGGAGGAUCAUGAUCAAUCCAAAGGAUUUAACUUGGGGAGCACAGCCAGUCGGUCACCAAAAAAUAGUCAUCAUGCUUCUCAUUCUGUUACUUUUAAUUCCCCCAACUACGGCCCUUUUGGCGUGCUGGUUAUACCAAAAAAUCUUUUACAAAGUCAAACACAAUCAAUAUGGGUUUCAAACAGCCAGACAGAAUUCCUUUCUUCCAUUCCAGCACUUCCCCAAAUCAAUCCGAAAUUCGCAAUUAUCUUCUUCUCUGAAACAUGUGAUUGCCCCAAACCUUGGCUCCAAGAAAGGAAAAUCACAAGCCAACUUCGCGGAUACAUGGCCUGACAACAUGAAUGCUCGUCGAAAGGUUCUGAUUGCCACAUUAGAAUAUGAAAUUAUCGAUUGGAAAAUAAAGGUCAAAAUUGGGGGGCUGGGUGUUAUGUCUUCGUUGAUGGGCAAGGUGAUGGACGAUUUAGACCUUCUCUGGGUGAUACCUAAAGUCAGUGAUCUGGAAUACCCUGAAGCCGAGCGGACCCAGCCCAUCCCAGUAGUUGUGUUUGGACAGACGUAUCUAGUGGAGUGUCAGAUUCACAAAUUCCAAAAUAUCACGUACUACUUACUCGAUUCUCCGGUCUUUCGCGCCAAUACCAAAGAGAAUCCAUACCCCGCUCGAAUGGACGACUUGAGUUCCGCAAUAUUUUAUUCUUACUGGAAUCAGAGUAUUGCGGAGAUCUGUCGGAGAACUCCAGACUUGACGAUUUACCACAUCAACGACUAUCAUGGCGCCCUCGCACCUUUGUACCUCUUACCAACAAUACUACCUGUCUCACUUUCACUGCAUAACGCCGAGUUUCAAGGUCAAUGGCCGUUAGGGACGCCCGAAGAAGAAGAGGAAGUCUGCCGAUCGUUCAAUUUAUCUAGCAAGGUGUGCUCCAGUUAUGCUCGGUAUGGAAGUGUUUUCAAUCUACUUCAUGCGGCAGCAAGCUAUAUCAGUCAACAUCAAAAUAGUAUCGGGGUCGCGGGGGUUAGUGAAAAGUACGGGAAGCGAAGCUGGGCUCGAUAUCCUGUUCUCUGGACUCUCAAAAGCAUCGAACCACUCCCGAACCCAGAUCCAUCCGAUGUCGAAUCCUUGGAUGUUACCCCUCUUGAUAUGAGAACUAUCCAGAUUGACCAAGAAGCCGAAUCGAAGAGGCCCGGGGAUAAGCUCAAGCUGCAAGAUUGGGCCGGCUUGCAUCAAGACCCCAAGGCGCAAGUUUUUGUUUUUGUAGGACGUUGGUCUUUCCAAAAAGGGGUAGAUUUGAUAGCGGAUGUGUUCCCUCUCCUCCUGGAAAAACGCAAGGACGUCCAACUCAUAGCCAUUGGACCCGUCAUAGAUCUCUACGGCAAAUUGGCAGCGUUGAAACUAAACCGCUUGAUGGAAAUUUACCCCGGGAGGGUCUUUUCUAAGCCGGUGUUCACAUCUUUGCCGGAUUUCGUAUUUUCGGGCGGUGAUUUUGCCUUGAUACCCAGUCGAGAUGAACCGUUUGGAUUGGUCGCGGUCGAAUUCGGGCGCAAGGGUGCAUUAGGAGUUGGAAGCCGCUUGGGAGGCCUAGGUUUAAUGCCGGGUUGGUGGUUUCCUGUUGAAAGUGAUAGCACUGCCCAUCUUCAUUCGCAAUUCGCUAAGACACUCAAAGCGGCAUUGGAAUCACCUGAAGAGGAACGUGCCCUGCUUCGAGCACGCAGUGCCCAUCAGCGCUUCCCAGUUCUCGAAUGGAGGAUUAAAAUGGAGGACAUUCAUUCCCGUUCGGUCAGAGCAUCUCGGAAGUAUGCCGGAAGGUUGGCUUCGAACAUAGAUCCAAUUGGCGCAAUCAAACCGGAUGAGUCGCCCUCUCCAUCCAACGAACAAGGGGUGACCUGUGGAGCGCACCCUUCUUCUUCUGCAUCCCACAAGACUGGAGGAAUGCGCAGCUCUUCAACGGAAAAUCAACCCGAUGCUCUUGGGUCACACUUGAACCAGACCCGGCCCUCCUUAGACGUAUCCCGAAUGCUCUCAUCGUCCAAUAAAUUGGCGGUACAAUUAAGCGAAGCAGUAAAACGUUUGAUAAUCACCAAGAACGGAAAUCAAUCAUCACGACCCUCAGAGAUUCAUAAUGCUCACGUGGAUGAUUCUAGUACCCCUUCCGAGAGACCCCCGAAUGACGAUCAGGAAAUUUUGAAUUCCAUCGUUACCCUAGAAAAAAUCAACAACAAUGCUGACGAGCACAACUUAGCCGACUUCCAAAGGACAUUUUCCCGCCAAGACGAUAAAAAUUCGCCAUUGAAUCAAGCAGUCAAAGAUUUUACUGAUGAGGAUGGAAAAGCCAGCCAAGAGUUCGUACGUAGACUGCAAAAGUUAGACGUCUCUAACUCCCAGACCGAAUUAUGCAUUGCGACCUACAUCGUUGCUGCUCACAAAACACAUUUCAACGAGGUCCGAAAGGGUACAUUAGCAUUGGCAAAAACCAAAUUUGCCUCUUCUCCGACACUCUCAGUCACUUCCAUCAUGCCGAGGACGAUGUUAGGGGGAGGAAUCAAUCCUCAUAUCAACAACCUCUCCGAUCAAGCUAAGAACGAAAAAAAUGAUACUCUUGAUGUGACGACAGCGUUGAGUAUGAACCUUUGGCAGAUAAGGCUCCAGAGGCGGGUUUUCGGUUGGCCCAUCUACACGAUACUGCUGGCCGUGGGUCAAAUUCUCGGCGCUACUAGUUUUCAACUUUCUCUUCUGAGUGGAACUAGCUCAAAUGGUAGCUUUGACUUCUAUGUGAUAGGUGCGGUUAAUAUCCUGGGAUCUGCCUCUUGGUAUGGAUUAAGUCGCAGAAAGCCUGCGACCUGGUCCCUGUCGAUGCCAUGGAUCUUCUUCGGUUUAGCGUUUGUUUUUAUUGGGUUACCUUCACUCUCAGAAAACCUCAAACAGUAUUCUCGUCGGCAUCCACUGGCUGUGGCUGCAUCAGGUUUCUACUCUUUUGCCUCAUCAGCAGGUUUCUUAUUUUUCAGUUCGAACUUUGGCGAAGAAGCGGGGGGGACAACAGACUCAUGGGUAAGAAGAGCAUGCAUUGUUCAAGGUACUCAGCAAGUUUGGGUCGGCGCCCUUUGGUAUUGGGGAUUCAAACUCCAAAACGUGGAUCCGAUGAAUGCUGCAUUAGCACCCCCUGGUUGGAUCAAUGUCAUAACUCUGAGCUUGGGAGCUGGAUGCUUCUUCAUUGCAUACAUACUCUUCACAGGUCUACCCAAGUAUUAUAGAAACGUACCUGGAACAGUUCCGAACUUUACGAGGGCACUUUUCAGAAGAAAGCUAGUUCUUUGGUACCUGGCCGCGGAAAUCUUACGUAACUAUUGGCUAUCUGGCCCUUAUGGUCGUAACUGGAAUUUCCUCUGGACAAGAGAGACCUCAUUUGGAAUCACACUUUUCUUACUUCUCUUCUUUUUCGUCGGGGUUUGGGGGUUAACGAUCUGGGGACUCAGUCUUGCAUCAAAAUCACAUACAUGGAUCGUGGCCAUCUUUGCGAUAGGACUUGGAGCACCCCGGUGGUGUCAGAUGUUAUGGGGAACAAGUAGUGUGGCUUCUUACAUCUCCUGGGGAGGGUCAGCUGGACCCCACAUUGCAACUUCAUUGUGGCUAUGGCUGGGUGUUUUGGAUGCUGUACAAGGGGUAGGUUUGGGGAUGAUCUUACUUCAAACGCUAAGCCGGGUUCAUGUCGCGGCCACUCUAUGUCUUGCCCAAAUAAUUGGAUCAACCGCGGUCCUCGUGGCUCGAGCAACAGCACCCAAUCGGAUCGGGCCUGGAGGUGUUUUCCCGGACCUUGCCUUGUGGAAUCCAAAAUUUUCAUACCUCGAUUCCCCCCUCGCGAAUUGGCAAUUCUGGAUCGCGUUGAUUUGUCAGCUCGUCAUUGUAGCGGGCUAUUUUAUCUUAUUCCGUAGAGAACAACUCUCAAAACCAUAAUACCACGAGUUAAGAAGCAAAAGCAGUAUCAACCUUUGUUCCUGAAUGCACAUCAAACCUACAAUUAUAAGGAGAUUUUGAGUAACAUUUUAUUCCAAGUAACAUAUAUAUACAUAUCUAAAUUAAUAGCACAGCUGUUUCCCUU